CUGGGUAGCAGAAGGCAGCAUGUCCUCUAAACUUCAAUCCACAGUCCCCAAAGCCAAGGACCACCAGCCCUCAGCUGAAGAGAGUCUGCCAGCCCCAAAGGCCAAUGCUGAAGCCAUCCACUUCCUCAGCACCCUCGAGCAGGAGGAGCUGCAGAUGCUGCUGUUCUCUGAGACUCUGGCCAUGGUCUCGGACACGGGGGAGCUUCAGGGAGAGCUGACCAUUGAGGUGCAGAGACGGCAAAACAAAGACGAAUUUGGAGUGAUGUCACACUGCCUCUGCGUGCACGCCUUUAGCCGUGGCUUCAUGGACAAGAUACUCUGCGGAAACUCCCUGCUGGGCUACCUCUCAUGGAAACUGCAUGUCAUGGAGCAACAUAGUCAAGAGUUCAUCAAGUUCCGCGUCCUCCCCAUGGAGAGGAAGAUGACUUUGGUGAAGCAGGAUGACCAGCUGACCAUGACCAGAAGUGUCAAGGAGGGGGAGGAAGUCAAGACCGAAGUGACUUUUAUCCCAGGGAGCUCAACCACGGGCUUCAUCUCCGAGGCUGCCAACCUGGUGUUGCUGAGGGUGAUGGCCUGGCGGCAGACGGUGCCCAGCAAUGCCCGUUUCCUGGCCUUGGACACAGAGGGCAAACUCUGCUACUCCACUUACCAAGACCUGGGCUUCCAGAAGAUCCAGGUGGGCCGCCAGCAGGUAGAGGUGUUCAUCGUGGAGCAGAGGGUCCACUCAGUGAAAGGCAUCCCCAAUUCCUGCCAGUUCUAUCUGCUGUCGGAUGGGCACCUGGCCAAGAGAAUCCAGGUGGGUUCCCCGGGGUACUGCCUGAUCACCCAGAUGCCUAUCUUGAGGGAGAAGGAUGAGAUUGAGCCUCGCCCCGUAUUUGAGAAGAAGCCCCUGGUGUGGGAGGAGGAUAUGGAGCUCUACUCGAGGUUCGUGGACCGGAAGGAGGAGCUCCGUCUCAGCCACAGCAGCUAUCUGCGACAGCACCCCGAGGCCCAGGCGCUCAUCUCAGACUUUCUGCUCUUCCUGUUGCUGCGCCAGCCCGAAGACGUGGUCACCUUCGCCGCGGAGUUCUUCGGCCCCUUUGCGAAGCGCCACCCCCCGACCCCCGCCUUGCGCUCCUCCCACCGGCCCAGCCCCUUCCGCUCGCUGGACCCCCGGGACCCCUUGCACUAG